CCGGGCACGGAAUGCCUGCGGUCGCAGUGCGGGGCAGCAGCGGGCACACACGGGACACUCUGACCGGAACACACAAACACAGUGAUGUCAGAGGCGGCAGGCCGCUCCUCCUCCAUCUCCUCCGUCUCUUCCAUCUCUCUGCUGGAGAUCAAGGCGGAGACUCAUCUCGUCCUCAAAGCUUUCCUCCAAAGGGCCCUUUCCACCCCCCUGAAGGAGAGGCCUGGCACAGUGGGAGGGGCCUACAUAGAUCACAACAAGUACAGCUCCAAGAAACAACCCAAAGCAAAGGAUGGCUGGGAUCCUGCAACUAAAGCUGUCAGCUCAGCAGAUGAGAAGAAGACCGGAUUCAAGGACUUCAUAAAGCAGCUGCCUCGUCAUAACUCUGGACGCGGUCCUGCCAAAGACCCUAAAGGCUCAUUGGACAAGGACAGUAAGGCAAAAGUGCCCCAACUCAGGGAUCUGUCAGAUGAUGAUGUCAUAUCCCCCUCCUCUACAUCAGAAGACGACGACGGCGAGAAGAAGCAGCAGAAGAAGAAGCUGAGCCAAAGGAAGAUCAGCAGAAGGAUCUCCAAGUUCUUCAAGUUGAAGUUGGAGAGAGAGAAGGCUAAAGAGGGGCCUGGAUCUCCUCAGAGGCCUCACACACUGUCCAUCUCUAGAGGAGCAGAACCUGGCCCGGCACCCCUCUCUCCCAACCACCCUCCUGAGUUCUAUAAUGAAGUAGCACAGAGGCUGGAACGGAUCGCCCACAAGUCCACCAGUCUAAAGAAACAGAGCCCCAAAUCCCAGCCAUCACCAGCAGUGUGUGAGAAAGAAGCAAUGGUGCAGCAGCUCGCUCAGUUGCUGUCUUUGGAGGGAGACGCUAUCAACACUAAGAUCCAGGCGGACCCCUUCCUGCGCUCCAGCCUGACGCGUCUCUCCUAUGCGUCAUUCGCCCAGCUUCUAGACACUUUCAGCAGCACUCAGGUGUGUGAGGCUCCAGCCGUGCCCCCCAGGGCCAGUCCAACGCUGCGCCGCAUGGCCGUCAGCAUGGAGGUGUCGCGGCGGAUAGUGACAGCCACCGGAGCCCAGCGCAUGCAAGGCUACGCAGAGUGCUACAUGGAGACCUUCGCCCCCUGGGUCAAGAGCCAUGGAGGAUGGGAGAAUGUGGUAGAUUCGGAGGAGACUCUAGAGUACGACUGAGCGUCCAGGUGUCUUUUUAUUCCAACCAACCACGGUUCAACACCUAGCUCUGGAGGAUGACAUCCCCACAGAGUCUCACCUGGACCGGGACCAGAUUCCACAGGCCCCUGGGACUUCUGAUAAACUGACACCAUACAGUUCUUCCACCAGGGGCUAUUGUUUUCACAUGGCCAGAAGA